AUGAUUGCUGCUUAUGAGAAGAAAAUAGUUGAAACUGCAGCAUACAUGGAGGCAAUGCAAGAAGAAGACGAGGAAGAGGAAGACGAGAUCCUAGAGAUUGCAAGACUUAAAAGUGGAAAAAAGCGUCCAACAACAUCAAAUGAAGCCUCCUCAACUGCUUCCAAUAAGAGGAUCACAACUAAAAAAGGCCCUAUUGAUCUUUUGUUCUCCAAAGCACCUGAAGAAAGUAUCAAAUUAGGAAAAACCAUGAGACAAUCAAGUGUAAAUGAAACUUAUAACAAGGUUGCAAGAGACAGGGCAGUUCAGUACAUUGCUCGUUUCUUUUUUAGGAAUGGAAUACCAUUCAAUGUUGCUAAAUCAAAAAGUUUCAAGUUGAUGAUUGAGGCGAUUGGAACCUAUAGUCCUCAUUUAAAGCCUCCAAGCUAUCAUGAAUUGAGAGUUCCACUCCUUAAAAAAGAGUUGGAAUACACGAAGGGCUUAUUGAGGGGUCAUGAGGAGGAGCGAAUCAAAUAUGGGUGUUCAAUUAUGUCAGAUGGUUGGACGGAUAGGAAGAAUAGAACUUUGAUUAACUUUUUGAUCUUUGAGCUUUUGGAUAGCUUUGUUGAGGAGAUUGGAGAAAAGAAUGUUAUUCAAGUGGUGACGGACAAUGGAAGUAAUUAUGUGUUGGCGGGUAAAAUUUUACAAGUCACGAGACCAAAAAUAUUUUGGACUCCAUGUGCUGCACAUUGUCUUGACUUGAUGCUAGAAGAUAUUGGAAAGAUCCCAAAAGUAAAAAGGGUUAUACAGAGAGGCAUCAAGCUUGUAGGCUACAUUUACAACCAUACAUUGGCUUUGAACACCAUGAGGAAAUUCACACAAAAAACUGAAUUAGUGAGACAUGGAGUUACAAGAUUUGCUACCACUUUCUUAACUUUGCAAAGAUUGCAUAAGCAAAAGGCCAAUCUUAGAAGGAUGUUUACUUCAGAUGAAUGGUUGAAGUCUAAGGCAGCUAAAGAGCCCAAGGGGAAGCAAGCAACAGAUGUUGCUCUUAUGCCAUCAUUUUGGAAUGAUGUUGUUUAUGCUUUAAAGGCUAUGGGGCCUCUUGUAAGUGUGUUGAGGUUGGUGGAUAAUGAAAAAAAACCUGCAAUGGGUUUCAUUUAUGAAGCAAUGGAUAGGGCCAAAGAAGCAAUUCAAAGAGCUUUCAAUAACAAUGAAGGGAAGUAUAAGGAUAUCCUUGCAAUCAUUGAUAAAAGAUGGGAUUGCCAACUUCACCACCCUUUGCAUGCAGUGGGUUAUUAUUUAAAUCCAAAGUUCUUUUACACCAAUCCAAACAUUGACAAUGAUAAUGAAGUGGUGGAUGGCCUCUACAAAUGUAUUGAUAAGCUUAGUGAAGAUGAUGAUUUUCAAUGA